CUACUACGCUACUCCUCGGGCGUAGCUCGAUCGAAUUCGUUUUUCAAUUCUCGUUUCCCGACGCGUUUAUUUCCCGCGAAGUGUUCCGGAAAUUUAAAUUUCGUCGUAAGACCACUACUACUACACGUGUUAUUUUUCGACAAAAAAUAUAAUACGUGUAUGAUUUAGUAUUCGGAAUAUGAAUCUAGGAUAUGUGCGAGGAUAUAACGGCGAGGAUCGGGAUCGCUGAAUAAACGAAACGCAAAUAGCAGGUAACAUAAUAUUAUUAAAAAUUAUAUAUUACACAUUUAAAUAAUUAGCUAUUUGAGUUUUUUUUUUUUUAAAACUAUCAUACACUUUUCAACUCUUAUAAUAUAAUAUACACGUCCCAGACGGAACUGAUCGGCCAACGUCAUUUAAACCAAAAAUUCUACCUCCUUUAUAGAUGGUGGUCCAUCUCUCUAUCUCUAUCUCGGUUCAUCUAAAGCUCUUUUAUUUUUAUUUAUGGACAAUUCAAUUUUCUUUUUCAAUAAAACUAUACUAACAACGCAUCUUCAAAACUAUUCAACUUUUAAAUUUAUUUGUUUUUUUAAUUAUUUUAAAACUAUUCUAUUGUGCUAUCAAAUAGCAUAUGCAUACUUAAAUCAAACAUUUUACAAAACGAUUUUUAUUGAAUAAAAAAUAUUUACAUUUUUUAAUUCCAAAUAACAUCAUAUUUACUACUUUGUUUUUUCUUUUUGAAUUCGAUAUUAACAACCAUAAUCAGACUCGUUAUAAGAGGGGGGAGGUUAGAGGAAAUAGAGGGAGGUAGACGUCUUUAAAGUAGUUUUUUUAAUAAUUUUAGAUUUAUUUAUCGCUGGCCGAUCGCUCACUGGAGGGACACAUUGUAUAAUGAUUACUAACCAAUUAUAUAUACGAAUUAUUAGAGAUGCAUAAUAUAGUAUAUAAUAAUAAUAUAUUAACUGAUGAGAUUAUUAUUUGUUUAAACAUUUACUUUUAAAUGUAUGAUGAUAUAAUGUUUUCUACAUCUCUACGCAGUCGUACAUUUUUUUUUUCACAUAUACAUGUAUGUUUGAUUAGUUGAUAAACUAAUGUCAGUAUCUCUACCUAUAUGUUUGUGUAUAUUAUAAUUUGCUUUGUAUGUGCUUAUAUUAUUUUUUUAAUUUUUCAUCUAUACUAUAACUUAUAAUCAUAUAUCGGUAUUUACUUAAAUAUUAAAAAAAAAAUUAUUCUUUUGCAAACACAAUGUUUAUAUUUACUAUUAAAGUACUUAAAGUAGGUAUUUACUUAAUAUUAUGAAUUACUGCACUAUUUAAUAUGGUUACAUGAAAUAUAUUAUCCAAUUAUUCAAAUUUAAUUUUUAAAAUGGUUAAAUUCUAAUUAAAUACAAAAUGUAAAAGCCUCACAAACCGUCAACGAUUCCGUGGUUUUUUUAAUUUUUAUAUAACUGCAGUAGAAAACGUGUAUUAUUUUUUUUAUUAUUAAUCGAGUUUAGGUAAUAUUGGAUACUAUUUGAAAUGUAUGCAUAAAAUUCGAAAAACCGCAUUUUUCGAUUAUUUUGUAUAAUCAAGUAGGUUAGGUAUCUUUAGUAUAUGUGUAUAUAUAGGUAGGAAAGUAGUAUACAUAACAUUUGCAUUAUUUAUAUUUUUACAAAUUUAAAAAAAAGACAUUAGGUACUAAACAAAAAAAAAUAUAAUGCGCAAACGAUUCCUACAUACAGUACAGUAGGUGUAUGUAAGUGUAGUUUACUUGAAUGCCAGAACCAGCUAUAUACAAUUACAUUACACCUAUACAAUAUCAUCGUGUUAUACCUAUAUGUGUGUUGCGUAAUAAGAUUCUCAUAAAACCAAUAAAAUACAGUCGUGUAUAAUUAUCGUUGUCCGUUCUCUUUUAUUCCAAAAAAUUACAAUAAUUCGUAUGUUUAUUUAAUGAAAAUUGUACAUAUGUGAAUACAGUGAAUACACGCAGGUCGUGAGUAUACCUAUGUAUAUUAUAUAUCUCGUUCUAUAUUAUUUUAAUGAUACAAUUACAAAUUGCAAAUUUUUAAAAAAAUAUUUUUAAGACAGUGAGAAAAUAUUAUAUUCCAAUAGAUAUUACUAAAAGUAAGAGAAUGCAAUGAUGUUUCACUACAGGUGUUUCAUUCUCAAAACCAAGGAUGCAGGGUGUUAACGCGUGAAAAAUUUUAAUUUAAUUAAAAAGUUAAGAUAAUAUUAAUCGAGUUGAUUAACGAGUUACUUUUUUACAUAAUUAAAUUUUAACUUAAUAAGUUGAUUUAUAUUUAUGUGCUUAACGUGUUGACUUCAAGUAACUCUUGUGUAUUUUAAGUUAAGUUGAACUUUGGUCGAAGACAAUAAUUUGCGUAAUAAUUCUGUAUUUUAUUUCUUUUUUUAUAAAUUUAUAAUUAUAGUAAAAUACCGUGUAAUAUUAAUUGCUGCUUUUAGUAUAUGAUAGUUUUCGAAAAAUAUGAUUUUCAACGUGCUUGAGUUUCUAUACAUAUAUAAAAUAUUAAUAACUAAUUAGUUUAUGCAUGAUUAUUUAUUUAUAAAAUUAGCUCUAAUAAUAUAAAAUAAUAGAGUUACAGAAAUGUAUCAAAUAAGUAAAAUUAUUGAAAUUUUGGUUUAUACUAAUUAAUAUAUUUUCUGUAAAAUGUUAAUAUUUAAUUUAAUUUUAUGCAUGUACAUAAUAUAGUUUAUGUUAGUCUCGUAUAAAACUUUGAGCUAACUAUCUGUAUAGAAUGUAUUUAUCUAACUCAAUGGACUCCGACCUAGCCUAUCUUUUUUUAAACAAUCCUGCCAAGUUGUAUAUUAAUUAAAUUCAAAAUUAAAUGUUGUAAUAAGUUACUACUUUUUUUCUAAAAAGAUAUUUUGAUUGCCAAUAAAAAUAUGAAAUUAACUAAGUUAAUAAUGCUUGAUUUAUUUUAUUUAGAAAUUAACUUAACAAAACUGGAAAAAUAAGUUAACUAUUAACUUAAUUUAAUUUAAUUAUUUCUGUAUUAACUUACCGAAUUAAUACAAAUUGUUAACUUGCCCAGCCUUGCCCAAAAUUAUAUAUACAACAUAAUUAAUAAUAUGAGUCAUAUAUAACUCAUACACGAGUACCUACAUAAAUAAUAUAUACUUCAUAACAAGUUCAACGACUAUGUAUACUAUGUAGACGUGAUUGUGCAAUAUUAAAUAAAAACUGGUAAAAUAUAAUAAUAAAAGUAUUAGUCAUUUUCGAUUCGUUCAUUUGUUUUGUUCUUUAAAAUGUAACAAUCACAUUUUGGUUUUCCGUAAAAUUUCGAUGUGUAAGAUUUUUAAAAUUGUUCUUAUCCAAAUAACAAUAUGCAUUCAUUUUUUUUUUUUUAAUUAAAAUGUUAUAGUGACAAAACUGCAAUUACUAUUAUAUAAAAUUCAACCUCCAUUAUGGAGGUACUUACAGAUCAUUUGUUAUAAAAUUCGUAUUCUCCAUUCUAAAAUUUCUAAACAUUAUAAAACUAUAAUUAUAUUUAUAUAAUAUCCAUAUUUAUUAAAUUAUACCAACAUUACAACCAUUUAUGAGGCAUUGCACAAUAGUUCUAAAAUAAUUUGCAUACUACGGAAUAGUAAAUGAACAUUUUGCAUAUUUGACAAUUAUUUGAAUAUUCGAAAAAUUAAUUCAAUCAUUUAACAAAUAGUCGAUAGGUAGUCCUUCAAAAGUGAAACUUUUUUUUCAAUUGUUUGAUCAUUUUUCAAAGGGAUUAUGUAUAAUAUGUAUCCGAAACAAAUUAUUUUGGGUAUUUUGAUUAUUUUAUAUGAGAUUUAAAUAUAGACUAUCUAUAGUCUAUACUACUGAAUGCAGGUACUCAUCUAUUUUAUUUAUCGUAAAACCUUUGGAUAAAUGUAUAGAAUUUCACUAAAUAGCUGAUUGAGAUUUUAUAAAAGUAUAAUUACACGGGUGACGGGUUAGUCAUGUUAUAAUAUUUAUAAUAUAAUAAAGAGAUUUCGAGACAAGCCUGUUUUGUUAAUAGACUAAAUUAUGAUUUUAAAGAUAAAAGUAUUUUGAAAUUUUCCAAACGACCAAUUUUACCAAUAUAGAAAUUAAAUGCUAAAAAAAUUCACUAUAAUUUCUAAUUAUAUAGUGUUAAACUGGACUUCUAAGUUAUAAUAUAUAAUAUACGGCAUGCUGAAUCUCGCGAUAAAAACUACACCUUGUAAACCCGUUUCUCUUUUGCUACAUAAUUAUUAGGUAUAUUUCGCUUUUAUUUUUUGCAAUUAGUAAUUUGUUUACAGCAAUUCGUAUUUAAGCUAUAAAUUAUUAUAAUAAAUAAAAUAUAAGAUCGAAACAAGAUAUCGUAAGUGGUUAAUCUUAUCGAAUUAUGCAUUCGAUAAGAUUAUCAAUAUACUCUUGAUACCAAUUUUCAAUCAUCUGCAGUACCUACUCGAUAAGAUUAUACAGUACACAUAUAAAUCAGUGACAUAGCCAAGAAUUUACAACGAGAAAAGGAGCAAAAUAAAACUAAAGUCAAAAUUACAAAUUUACACGUAAUAAACGUUAAUUUUAUUAAUUAAAUAUAAAAAACAUAAUAUUUAUACUCGAUCUAUGAAAUAUGAAUAUAAACCACAUACACCGUAAAGUGACAUAAACAUGAAACGAGUAUGAUAAAAGUAUUUUAAAAAUAAGACCAAUUAGGUGGAAGGAAACAUGACCCCCGUGCCUUCUGGCUAUAUCACUGUAUUAAUAUAUUAUUAAUUUACCUAAAGUGCAAAUAAUCAGAUAGGUACUUAAACGAUUUAGUUUAGAAGACGAUUGUUUAGGAUAACAAGUCCAUUUAGCUGAUCUACUCGUAAAUCGAUUCCUUAGAAUUCUUUUUAUUUUAUUCGUUAAUUUUUGUAAAUAUUUUUUUUUGCUAAGUCAAUUUGGCUUACCUGCCUUUUGGUAUCCUACGACUUAGUUGCCUCUUCAAUUCUCCUCUAGUAGUCUAGUUUCGCCCAUGAAUUAAUUAUUUUAUUACGGUGUAACAGUAUCCUCAUAUGGCUAGAAUAAGUACCUACGCAAUAUGAUUAAAUCUUUAAGGAGUACGUACAUCAAAGGAGUUGUCGGUAAUCGUGUUUGAUGAACAAUUUAAAUCUGUCACCGGUGUUUGUAGUACAGAUAAAAAUAAUGAUUGUAACACGUCGUUAUUUUAGCACAAUAGGCACGCAUUUUAAAAACGCGAUUUCUCGUGACUGCGGCGUGUGUUUAGACAUUACCUCGUGUUUUGGCGAACGUCCAUGUGCGCGCGCGCGCGCGAUGUUUUCAAUUAUUUAAUACUUAAUUCUGUCGCGUGAUCGGUAUUCGGCUAAUCGGAUAAGUACGUACUCGUGUGCAUAUCCCUAUGACCCUAUGCUUGAAUAUAGAGUCACACAGACUCAAUGAAAUCUUCUGAUAGGCACUUUGAUUGCUUAUCAGCAAUGUUGUGAUAUCGAUAACAUGAGUAUAUUGAUGAGUAUAUCAAUGAGUACUUAUAAAGUCUACGUCCCAAACCUGAUACUGCUCCAAGAAAGUUGGCGCCCUUUUAAGUGUGAACUUAAAAUCUGUACUACCUAGUUGAUGAAAAACCACUACAGAUUUAGAUUGAGCAAAAUUGAAUCCAUUGAGUCGUCAUAAGAACUCCUGUAGACCUAUACGAUACGUUGUAAGUAAAUGGGCCACUUAAAACGAAUAACGAUGACCGACCAACCAGAGGAUUCCUCCAUUUGCGUCUGUCGCUCGUUUCAAAUGUAUACAGAACGUUUAAACGCAAUUUCGGAGGAUAUAAGCACGAAACGCGGACACUUUGUACUAUUAUAUACAUAAUAUAUAUAGUAUAUAUAGAAUAAAUAAAAAGCCUGAAUAUGGGAUGAUUGAUACUGAGGAUGGGUUAAUUAUGAUCAAUCCAAAAGUUUUAUCCGCAUAGUAGGUUCCUAUCAAAAAUUAUAUAUUUAUAUCACUUUAUAAAUAGCUCAAAUUUUUCGAAAAUUUUAUCACAUCUAGGAAAGGCCAAUAUAAGUAUACAUUCUAAUCUUAAAGUCUUUACGACUGUUUUUAAUCGAAAAACAAUAAAAAAAACUUUUAAAAUUGAAAUGUCUAUAAAUAGCUCAAAAACACCUAAAAUUUUUCGAAACUUAGACCGUAAGAAACUAUAUUCAAAAUUCAAUAAAAAAGGUCUUUUGUUAUUUUUCAAUUGGAGCAAUAUUUUUGGUAGAAAACGUCGUCCGUAAUCAUUUAAAAUAAUAAAAUCGUGAAAUCGUACGUUUUUUCCACUUCAUCACUUUUCACAAUCAAAAAAUUAUCUCUUUAAAGUACCUUUCCGCGAAAAUUACCUUUCAGAAACGAUGCUAAAUUUGAUACAUUUGAGCGAGUUAGUACGAGAAAACGUGUUAAAAGAGUAAAAACUAUGCCGUUUAUACUUGUAUAUAGAAUUUUACGUGGAUUAUUAUCGAUAAUAAUUUUCUAAACUUUUACAAAUAUUUCCUCCGAUCAAAAUGAACUACCAUCAGCUUCAAAUAAAAGUAUUACCGCAGUAAGAUAGAAAGUAACCGGGUGUUACUAUCAAUACUAGUUGGCUCCUUCCAAACUUCCCACUCACGACUCACCCCAUUAGCUCUUUUUAUGUAGCUAUGUAUUUUUUUUUUUAUUUAUUCUACAUAUACUAUGCAUAUUGUAUAUGUACUAUAUAUAUUAGUACAAAGUGUCCGGGUUCCGCGUUUUGAACAAUAGACCGUACACCUUUAAUAUUACGAACAAGACGCAUAUGCGAAAUUUCACGCGGCUCGCGGAUAUUCUCUCGGUAACCCGCCGGUACAGUCCGGGCCUGCCCGUCGCCUAAUACAGGUAAGAAGGUGUGCGAUUUAUAUAUAUACGUAUGGAUUUAUUGAUUUUAUAUUUCGUUUGCGUCCCUCUCGGGCGCAUCGCCGUCGCGUUUAAAUAGGACAGAAAAUAAAAACGUAUAACGUAUAUCACAUAGAAUCGCAAUUAUGUCGUGCGACGCGGUGUCGUCGGGCUCAUCGUGUGUCGUAAAUCCCGUCGCGAUGUCGUAGCGUAUUGUUAUUUAACCUCACACGCGAUUUGAAACUCCUUCGCCGCCGCCGCGCCGGCGACCUUCACUCGCUUAUACGGGUACACCGCAACGCGCGCACUUUGGUUACGACGUCGUCGCCGCCGCCGCCGCCGUGUAGAAUAUUAUUGUCGUACCUACUCGCUGAGUGUCGCGCGCGCACCGGUUUCGAUUUCAUUACGUUUGCGGUUUCCGUCGCGGCGUUAAUAUACGCGUACCGAUCGCGUCGCCGCGGCCUCCGAUAAUAUUAUUAUCGUUAUCGUCGCGCUCGUAUGCCCGUAUGCCCAGCUCGCCCCGCCCCGCGGCCGUACAAAUCGAAAAAUACGCGAUAGCAUAUUAUUACGGUAUUGUUGUUACGUCUCAGCCGUCAUCUCCGCGCGAAAUUAUCGUCGUUAUUCGCGUCGGGCAUACGCGGCAUACGAAACAAACGGCACACGCGGUCGGCGGCGGUCGUCGCGUCAUUGAAGUCGACCGGCGGCUGUACGACGCGUACACCAGAAUAAGCGUUCAGCCUUGCCGCCGCACACGCGGCCCGCGAUCCGGGCGACUCGAAACGUCCUAUUAUGGUAUGGGAAAGGCACGCCGAGCGCGUGUGUGCCGGUACGUUUUUAAACGAUACCGCAGCAGUACGUUGAAAAAUUAAAAAUUAGUCCGCGUCCGCUGUGACACAGUGCGGGCACACGCCGUUUCGCAAUCACCGGACAACAGCUCGGCCACGAACAGGCGCACGCGUGUUAUGACGUUAACGGCGACCGUCUGCUGCAACCAUCAUCGCGGUCGUAACAUGCGGCCCGCCAGGACGACUGUCGCGCCGAACCGAAAUCGUUGUCACAAUAAUAACACGUACGACAGUACCGCGCGCGUUCUAGUGAGUGCGACACUAAAAUUAUAUUGCUUAUCUAUUAUUAUUAUUAUUAUUAUCAUCACGGUGCGUUAAUAAUAAAAAUAAGAAAAAAAUCGUGCGGACUGGCGAGGGGGGGGGGGCGAACGUAAGGCGUACGGUAUUUGGAACGUUCUGUUCGGGGGGGUUCUUUUUUUGUUUCGUCCGACGUCCGUCUGUCUCCGCGUACAAACGGUACAUUAAUAAUAACAUAACAGAUGGGAUAUACCAUUAUUAUAAAUAUUAUCGCGAUAGCCGUUUGUUGUUGUUGUUUUCGUAAUAACCGUCGUGGGAGAGUUUUCACGCCGCCGCCGGUUCGACGCAGCAUCCGAACCGCGUGCUACUCUCGCCUGCUGCAAUAGCCUAUCGAGUUUCACGGACAGCGGACCGUCGUCGCCGCCGUCUUCGUCGUAGUCGUUUUCGUCACGCGUGGUCGUAAGUGCAGUGCGCACGAAAAGCACCGGCUGUGCGUCGAACCGGUUCCGUCGCGCGGGUUUUUUUUUUUCUUCAGUUUUGCAUUUCUUUCGCUCUCGGAUUUAAUAUCAUGAUAAUAAUAUUAUAGACUCCUUCGACGGGAGUGUCACUCCUACGUCUUCGUCGCCGUUGUCGCCACAACAUUACCGUCCUCCAGCGGCAGGUAUAGUUUUUGUUUGUUCAAAAAAAAAUUUCACAACGCGUGCGACGCCCACCCCGCGUAUGCGUCGGGUUUUUUCUUCUUUGUAAUAAGUAAUACGAUUCGGCGAUAAAUGCGAUUCACUCUUGCAAAUGCGUAAUACGUGACACCCGGCAAUUGUCCAACACGUGCCGUCACUCUUCCACACACGUGUACCGCGACUUAUCAUAUUUACGUUUGUCUGCAGGGACAACUUUGCGCUGUUAGUUUUAAUAUUAGAGUGCAUUGACCUACUAUCAAACUUAAAUAUAAUAAUGUUAUGUCUGCAACGUUGGCGCUAUUUUUUCGAUAUUCUAAUUAUUAAGAGAGAUAUGAGUGUGUGAAUGAAGUAUCAUAGUUGUAUCUGUACGUGUAUCUCGUUUGAAAAUUCAAAUUUCGAAAAAAUAUAGCAACAACAACGCGCGAUUUCGGAAACGGACGUAACACGUAACGUAUUCUGAAUUUGUAUUGUUGCAGUAGGUGUUUUUAUUAAGACCACUUUUGACUUGCUGAAUUUUUUUUCUCUCUAAUUUAUCACGUUCCACCGCGGAAUUACAAUAGUUGUAUAAACGCUUAAUUUUCUUGGCACCGCUUAAACUAACGAUUUAAAAUACUAAUACAUUCCACCAAAAUAUUAUUUAAAAACGCCCUUUGUCGCCAUGGUGCCCAAAAUACUUUCUAUCACAAUUUCGAAAACUGAACACAACGAGCUUUUUAUACUUUUUAAUUUACGUCCUACAAUUUUUUUUCUCUUAAAAAAUAAAGGUAAAAGUAUAAGAUGAACAAAGCUACGACAAUUCAGAUUCCUGUAUGGCAUAUAAUUGAUAAUUACAAUUAGAAUUUACAAAAUGUGUACUAUUUAGCUGCAGGUUAUAAUGAUGUAUAGUAAUCGGCAGUCGGAUGGACAGAAUCGUCCGGUCGUCUACACUAUCGGUUCGAUCAAACGAAACAAGAAAUAACCGCAUUUUGUCCGAGGGAGUGUGGCCGUUUUCAGACGGCGCCUCAUAAAAUAAUAAGUUAUAUGAAACAUUCAGGACAUUUGACGCCCGGUCGAAAGAUGUACUACAGGCCGCUGAACAUGCACCUGAAAAUCUUGGACAAAUGGCUGGCCUGUGGGAGAUCAGGAGGACUGUUCUCAAAUCAAUAGAAAACGCUUUUCAAUCGAAAUUAUUUUAAUUCAUUUUUCCUCAACUUUCUAUAUUGAUUAUUAUUAUUAUUAAUCAAAAACUCUUUACGAUUGAUUUGACAACAGACCACCUGAACAGUUGGCCACCCUUACUUACAGUUACAUUUUGAAAACCGAAUUUGCCAUCAUAAAAUAACGUAUUACGUACGCGUACCUACCUAUAAUGAAAUAAGUAUUAUAGGUUAUACAGUCUAUAAAUAUGAGACCUGCAGCUAUUUUAUCGGUCCGUCGCCUGGGACGAUCGUUACACUAUUACACGUAAUUGCGAUCAGGUCGUUGACCUGGUUAAUAUUAUUAUACUGGAGGGGUCUGCGGUGCCGGUUUUUCAAAUUUUCUUCAAUUUUGUAAAUAUUUUUUCGUGAUCGUUUAAAAUAUAAUACUUUCCCACUAAUCUACUUCCAAAAUACCCGUGAUAACUCAUUAUCAACAAAAUAUUUUCCUACCGUGUAUAAAGUUUUUUUUUUUUAAUUGAUUAACAACAAUAUACCUUAACAGACCGUAUUAAACUCUGAUUUUUAAAUAUUGAGAGGCACAGCCCUAUUGGGGCCUGGGGCUAAUUUUUUAAUGGUGCCUUUAAAUUAAAUUAUAAAAUCAGUUUUUUCUCUUAUCCAGUUCCGUUUCGUUAGCAACAACUAAUUGUUGAGUACAAAUAUGCAUUCAAUUUCCCCUUUACCUUCCCAAAUUCUCACGUACAACAACGGGACGAUGUCCUUUUUUAUUUUACAAAUAUUUGAAUUAUUUUCAACUGUAUCAUCCGGGAAUUAUUUUUUCUUAUUCGUUUUUUCUUAUCAUUAGUAUAAAAUAAAAUGUUUGUUGAUAAUAUUCGUUUGGUUUUUUUUCAAAAUUCAUGAUUUCCCAACUUUAUCUUAAUGUAUAAUAAUUUUAUCGAUUACUGAUUAAAUGAAGAUUUAGAAUUCUGUCACAACUGAUAAUUUUAGUCAAUAUUUUGGACUUUAACAAAUUUAAACAAAAGUAAUUUUAAAACCAAAUUAAUAUAUAUGGGGGCCCCUUAUGAUGUCACGACCAGGGGCUGUAGCCCCCCUGUAAGUAGGGUUCUGUUGGUAAUUGUCAACAUUUGGCAAAAAACAAAUACUGAUUAUAAAGUUUGAGAUGCAAAUAUAUCGAAAAACGGUAUACAAUACGGUUAGCAUAUAGGGAAAAGUAUUCUUCUUCUAUAUCCGAAAAAAAAAAAAAUAAUAAUAAUAAUAAUCGUCGAAAUCGGACCGUUUGCACUAUAUACGAGAUACAGUGAGAAUUUUCUCCGUAAGAAUCAUCAUGCUUUUUAACGAAAAAUAAAAAUAAAAAAAAAACUCACCGACACCGCGGUACCCCUUAAUAACGACGAGGACCGCGUACGAUCAUCGUAGGUUUAUACCGCCAAUGGUUUUAUUUUUAUACAUAACCAUGGUAUACGCAUUAUAGACGAGAAUAUUAUUUUCGCAUUCCGAUAGUUCGGAUAGUCGUUGGGCCGUGCGGACGACGCGGAUUUAUAUACCUCACGGACAUUAUCGAAUUACGGCAGACUAGGUACGGUUAUAAUGCCGUUAGUUUUUGCUAGACAUUACGUAAAUAAUUUACUUAUAAUAUAAGUGUAUACUGCGAGUAUACGAAAAAUCAUUCCGCCGUCAUGCACUUUGAUGGGUAUGAUGUACAUAAUAUUGUAUCCCGUUCAGUUAUCCCGUUUAGAUAUAAUAUAUAUAUAUAUAUAUAUAUACACGCAUAGGCGUGUAAUACCCGAUACCUAAUUAUAUGUGUAUACGAUACACCUGUAUUAUAAUAUUCAUUCCGACGAAAUAGUUAGCCAUACGCAUUAUGCAUUAUAAUUGUAUGCCUACUUAAAUAUAAUCUACAUGCGCGACAAUGGCGUAUCUAGAAUUUGUCCACCGCGGGGGACAUAAAAACCUCCAACAGCGUUGUUCGUAAAACAAAAAAAUACGCACACGCUUUUGACUUACGAUGUUUUACCGUCGCACUGAUGUGCCCGGGAAUUUUCGACGGGCGGGGGAUGUAGCUAAUAUAAUAAUCACGAAUAAAUCGUAGAGCCGUCUUCUUUAUACCCGACUCGACUGUGGGAAUUUAAAAAACGGAACCCAAAAAGUCAAUUUUCAAUCAAUAAAUCGAGUUUUUCCUUGUACCGAGUAAUCCAUUUAAGUACACGCAUUAUGUCAGAACGUAUUAACUUUUUCCGGAAUUUGUUUUCUAGAACAUUUAAGAAACAAGCUGCACUACAAUUUUAUAUUUAUGUUAUUUUUGGUCAUCCUUAUUUUCGGGUGUAAAAUCAUUGCUUACUUUUGAUUUUCAUAGGGCAACCUAUAUUAAAAAUUCCCUAAAUAUAUGGAUUAUUAGUUAAAACAAAUUUAGUGUUGGUAUUUUUGAUUUCUGUCAAGCCGUUGACGAGAUAUACCACUUUUAAUUUUAGAUUGAGGGAGAAUAGUGGUGCAUUAUUACACACCGCUUUCCGUACCGCCAAACUAAUGAUAGUCUAUCAUUUAUUUUAAAUAUCCCAUCAAUUUAUGGAAUUUUUAAUAUACGCUGACCUUUGAAAAUCAAAAGUAGGUAGUGGUUUUACUCCCAAAAAUAAGGGUGACAAAAAAUAACAUAAAUAUAAAAUUGUAGUGCAACUUGUUUCUUUAACGUUCUAGAAAACAAAUUCCCGAAAAAGUUAUUACUUUCCGAGAUAAUGAGUGUACCCACUUAAAUGAAUCACCUGGUAUAACUUAACUGAAAUGUAUACAUUUCAAGAUUAUAAGUACUAAAUAAACACUCUUAGUUAUUGUGGCUUUAGGACAAUGCCGAAUAGGAGAAAUUAUAACCGCCACUUCUCUCCUAUGUGCAUAAAACUCGAUAUAAAACAAUAAAUUUACAUUUAUAUUUGUAGCAAAAUAAAUAACGAUUAAGUCUAUUUUUCCAUUACGAUCGAGUAUUUCAUUAUAAAUAUAAUCCAUGGGCCGAAUUUAAAUGAAAAGUGCAUUUUUCGUGUGUAUGUUUAGCAUAUGGCGUACUCCCUCUAAUAUGAUAAUAAAGUAUUCCAAGUACAUAUUUAAGUAAUUCAGUGUAUGUAUAACUGUAGAAAUACUUCAAAAUUGAAAUAUUUUAUACGUUUUGCGUUUUUCAUCGUUUUUGAUGUUUAGGCAAUUUUUGUAUGACAUUCUCGCUUUUAAAAGACUAUUAAUUACUAUGUUUUUUCUAUAACAUUUUUCAAUAGUUUUUUAGGACAUUUAUUAUAAAUCUGGGCUCUAGAAUUAUUUAUACGUUUUACACAUAUAUGUAUAUAUUUUUAUAAAAACGUGUGUUUAAAAUACUCUUAUGUUAAUAUUAUUGUACUCUAUUAUGCUAAUGGAUAGUAAUUGCCUUGAGCGCAGCCACUGUUCGUCAAAAGUAUAUCGGAUUGUCAUUAAGGAUAUAUGUACCAAUAAAGUAGCUUAACGGGGAUUAAUGUACGAUUAUAUGGGUGUGUUGUAAAAAUGAAUUUAUAUAUUUUGUGUUAAUCCGAUAAGUUCUUUUAUUUUUGCCAUCGUCGGUAUAUAUCCAUAUGUACACGAUACACCUGAUUAAUAUAUAAAUAUUCAUUAUGGGCGGAACGAACUAUUUAAUUUGUAUUAAUAUUUUAAAACCAUUCAUAAGAAUAUAAUUAUUAAAAUGUUUCGAACGUGAACGUUUUUGUAUUUUUUUUUCAAUGAUUGAUCGCUCAUGACUACAAUACCAUUUCCACUCACAAAAUUACAAAAAUUGUUUAGGUGGGCACUAAUAUAGGUAGGUUAAAUCAAAUACUGCACCUGUAUAACUGGUAUAGUCAAAAUAAAAAUAAAUGUAAAAUAAAAACAGCAUAAUACAAAUUCACCUUACAUAUUAAUGGAUCGAAGAAAGAAAAUAAAAAAGAGCUGAUGGGUGUGCCAUUGUUGUAGGUGCAAAGUUGGGAAGGCAUAGGAUAUAAAUUAUAUAGGGUUAUUUAAUUUAUAUCUAUAUACCUACACAAUAAUUGCUCAUGAAAAACGAUUCUGAGUGGAGUUCGGUUAAACAUUUUUUGAAAUACUGUGAUAGUUUCGAUUUCAUCGAAAUUUGAACUUAAAAACUCUAAUAAAAAAAAAUAUUACUAUGUACUAAAUUUUUUUUACCACUAUGUAAACCUAAUGAUAAAUAUCGUAUUAAAUGUUCGACCAUUUUGGCGAGCUAAAACAAUUGUAUACACGCGAAACCAAAUACAAAUUUAAAAAAACCUCAAAUAUUUACAGAUAACUGUAAGUAGCACAAAAAUAGUCAAAAUAUUUUGAAAAUUUGACCUCGUUUGAAAAGGCUAAUAUAAGUAUUUAGAACAUGUUAGAACAAAUUUCGAGUCUCUGAGAUUAUUUUUAACUGAAUAACAACAAAAAAACCAAAUCGGAAAUAACAGAAAUCGUUAUUGCAUACAUUGUCACCUAAUCAUUAAGAAAAUUGCAAAGAAAAUUAAAAAUGACCUCCCGGUGUAUACCAACUAGAUACAAGUUUCUUUUCUUUAAAAUAGUGCUACACUUGAUGGUCGAAAAAAAAUUAUGCGCGGGGUUAGGGGGAAAGAGCUGUUUAAAGACAAAAAAAAAAUACACAUCAUAGUAAAAUCACUAAAACUAAUACAUUUCUUGUUACGCUUUAAGAAUCUAUAAAAGAAAAAGGUUACAAAAACCAUAAGUUAAAUUAUUUUCUAUAUAUUUUUAAAAUAUUUAUUACACAAUAUUUAAACAGUAUAAUAAUAUUGUAUAGUUUUAAUAUUAUGUUUUAGCUCCAUUACUAUACCUUACAUUUUUUUGUAAUAAGGAAAACGCAUUAUGAAAUAUUUCGUAAUGAAGGUAGGUACCAAAGGUUUAUGGAAGAACGUAAUUUAGUGACAUUUUUCAAUAUAAUAAUACGAUGAACGUGAAAAAGUUGUUUAUAAUAUAUACAACUAAGAAAAGUAUUAGCAUUCCAUAUUUCCAGUUUCCACCCACUGUAUAUACACGCGUGCCUAUAUGAAUUGAUGUAUCUAUAGGCUAAAUGAGAUAUUUCUGUGGGAAGAAUAGAAAUCACACAUUAUUAUAACACUUAAUAAAUCAUAAUAAUAACUUUUUUCAUUAAUAAUUAUUAUUAUAAUACAAAUAUUAAUUUGGUUGGUUACGACUAUGAAAUAUCAAUAAAGAAAUAUAUUAUAUAGGUACUAAUAUAUUAUUUUACAUUUAAAUAUUGUAAAACCUACUUGGUUGUAUGUAGGUGGACACUUGUUUAAAAAAAAAAAAAUACUAUAUAUUCCAUAAUGUGUAAUAUUAUUAUUGGGAAUUUCAAAUUAAAAUAAUUUAAACUCCAACAUUAGCUUUUACAUAAAAUAUGGCUACCUUCUCAACGAUGUAUAACUAUAAUAGUAAUAUAGUAAACUGUAAACGUGUAACUUUUAUACACAUACGAUUCAAUUAAUUUCAUUAAAUUUAUUAAAAGUUGAGUAUAAUGGCAUAUUGAAUCAAAAAACCAAAUGUUUACAGUAAUAACAUAUCAUUGGUCCCAGGGAAAAAAUGCUUAAGUCAAUUUUGUAUAAUUUUCAGUAAGAUUAAUAUAAAUAUUUCAAGUAGAAUAAAAGCAAAUUACAUUUUACAAAAUUAUAUAAUAAAUGCCAAAAAUUAAAUUUGGCCCUUCUUUCUUGAUACCAUAGAUAUGAUAUUUAUAAUAUGGCCUUAAAAUACUAUCCGAAUAUCAUAUACUUUAUAAAAUACAAUGAUCUUGAUUUUUUUUUUUUUUAUAUAAUAAUAAUAACAACUUGAAAUUCAAAAAUUAAAAAAAAAAAUAUAUGUAUUUUUAGAUAUUUCUUUAUAAGAAUAUAAUAUUAUUUCAAUAUAAUUACGUAUAACAAUAAAUAUAAAUAAUAAUUUCCUCGAAUCUAUUGAAUUUCUUCUACUGAUCGUACAAUACCUAUAAUAAGCUAUUAUAAUUUCUUUACAUUAGUAAAUACUGCAACGAAUUAAUUCGAAUAAAUCUUCAAUGCUAUAUUAUUACUGCUUUAUAUUUCGUUCCAAACGAUUUGCCCGUAUAUAUAUUACACAACUCAAUAACAUGAGGUUAUUUUUUAUCCAUUUUAUACAUUAUUUUUAUUAUACUCUGUUACAUUAUGAGUAUUGUGAUUACGAUAAUACAAACAGAAUGUUUGUUUUAGUUUAUAAUACUCGUGAUGUGUUUACUGUUUAUAAUGUCAAUGUUUAUCAAAUCCGUAUAAUUUUUCACUUAGAUAACAUACUAUAAUCCGUUUGGCUAUACAAUAUUAUAAUCAUAAGCCUAAUGGUUUCAUUUUUAUUUCAAAUAAACACAUUUAAAAUAAUACUAUUGUAAUAUGUACUAUAUAAUCCAAAUGAUUUUUUUUUUACUUUUAAACCAUAAUACACUUUUUUUGUAAUGAUAUCUAAAAACAAAGGUUAUAACGUAUAGUAUACCAAUAAGGUAUAGUAUAUAGUAUAAAAUAUAUACUAUACAGUAUAUUAUGUACCUACGUAUCUAACCCUUAAUUUAAUACAUUUCAUGCAUUUUAUACAUAUGUAUAACACUUGUUUAGGUACCUAUAAUGUCUACUAUUAUAAUAGUAUUAAUAUUUGUAUUUGUUAUCACGCUUCUUGUAUGUCCUGUUUUUAUUCAGGUUAACAUAGAAUAUUAACAUAAAACACGGUAGAGGUAUUUAGUGCAAAUAUUUUAUAGUUUUAUACCUAUAUCUAUUUUCGAUUAAACAAUUUACUUAGAUGCUUAUUUAUUUUAAACGUUUUUCUUUUACUUGAUACAUAAUAUAAAUACAUUACCUAUUUCUGGUUUGAUAGCAAGAAAAAUACAAUUGAAAAUCAAAAGUACAUAAAUUAAUAUUUACAUUUUAUUAUUAUCCAAAACAAAAUAACAAAUUGAUACAAAAAUUUUAAUCAUUAUAAUAAUAGUAUAUUUUUCAAGUAUUUAAAUCGUAUGUGAUUAAAUACAAACAAAUUGUAUAUUAAUGUUUUAUACAUUAAUAUAAGUUUUUUACGCUACUUUUUGUAUAUGUGUAAUAUAUAAACAUUUUAUAGGCUUAUAUUAUUAUUGCUGUGAAAACAUUUUUUUUUAUCGUGUUAUCAGGUUAAUUUUGUGUUGUAUUAUUACUUCGUUGAGUAACAUUUUUUUUUUUGCCAGUGUAUUACCGCAGAUCAAUAAUGUUACUAUUAUUAUUCAUAUUGCUCAAUUCAAUGUUAUUAAAAAUAUUUCAUUAUUUUUCGUGUGUCAUGUGUGGUCAUGUGCAUGAAUGCAUACAUAACCGAAUUCCAGUAUUAUUUUAUGCUUACUAAAUUCAAAUUUAUGAUAAUUUUUUUUUUUGCUUACAGUUCAAAAGAACAAACAAAAAAAAUGUGAUCAACCUAAUUCAUUAUAAAACAAUGGCUAUAGGUUUAUACAAUACAAUAUCAUUAUUGACGUCGUGACCGCCGGGAUUUCCUAAUACAUAAUUCACAUACUUGAGCCUUCUUGUAUUAAUUAAUUAAUACAUCGCUUUAUAUCCCGAGAAACGUAGCUAAGCUAUAUGUAGGUAGUAGCGUAUAGCUGGAAAAUUAAGAACCCUGAAACAAGUUCAGGUUUUACGCCUUAGCUGCAUUUAUAGUAGAUUUUUCCCUAGAAUAUAUUUAUUUUAAAUUAUUCUUAUAAUGCAAAUCAUUGAGAUUUAAAAUAAACUCAAAAUUCCCAGUUUUAAAUACAAAAUACAUGUUAUAUUAUACCUAAAAAUACAAUACCUAUAAUAAAUAUGAACCAAAUUGCAAUUACAAUUUCGGGCGCCCCGUGCCCCUACAUGCCUUUGCCACUGCUUUAUAAGCAGUACUUAUAGUACUUAUCUAAUGUGUAUUUUCUUUUCUUCCGUAUGAUAAAUGCCAUUAUAUAAAAUUCGAACAUAAAAAUACAACAAUAUAUAGUUGCCUGUUAUAUCUAUAUCUUUAUAUCGUUCAACAAAUGUAAUACUUAUAGCAUAGGAGGUAUAUUGAAAAGUUGCUUUUACAUCAUAUAUAAUAGCACGUGUUUUAACUACCUGUACCAGCUAUACGUGACAUUUUGCCCAUCAUAGAACAUAAUAUUCUGUUAUAAACCACCAACUCUUGUUUUGAAACACCUAUGCAGUUAUAUAUGUGUAUUCUAGUAAUAGAAAAACGAAAUAAUACAUAAUGUAUCUAUAGGAUAGGUCGCAAUCUCAUUUUUAAAAUGUCGCCGAAAAACGAUUAGGCGCCUAUUGUUUUAUAUUUUAAACCUACCCAAAAUGUCAACCCGAAAGUUUUUUUUUACAAUCUUCCAUCAUGAUGUAUAGCUAGGUUUGUUUUCACAAAGGUUAUUAUAAUUGUUUAUUAAUUGUUUUUUUUCUUAUAGGCACUAUUGCUUGCUAAUUAUAUAAUAUAUUAUCCACGCGUAGGUACAAUAGUAUUAUUUUAACUAUCGUAGAAUACAAUUUAAGGUUAUAUACGUGUUUUAAAUUGAACAAUUAAUUUUUAAGUACCUACCUACCAUAUAAUAGAAAUACGAAAAAAUAAUAUUUACUGACAACGUAGUCGUACUUCGUGUUUUGUAUAACACGAAUACUAGGUACCUAAAAUACACGUAUAUGGUUAUAUUAUUAAUAUUUAAAAAAAUAAUAAUAAUAACAAACAUAAUACACUCAAAAAUUUGGUACCUAUUAUUUUAUAAAAUAACUUCGCCGUCAAGGCCAUCGUCGCAGUUGCAUUUACCAUCUGCAGACAUGUCUUUCAAAUGAGAGAAAAUAUUGUGCACACAUUUCACGUAAAACAAACGAAAAAGCCUUUACAAUCGAUUUUAGAGAUAAAACGCAUAGAAUAUAAUUUGUAGACAACAAUAUUUUUAAAGAUAUUCUUGUCGGAGUUUAAAAUUCUCUAAAAAUUACACUCAUUAUCAAAAGGUAGGUUCAAAAAAUGGAAUUAAAAUUUAUUUAUUUUUAAAAGCGGUAAUUAUUUUAAUAAAUAAUAUUCAAAAAAUGCUGAACGUUGCCAAUGAGGUUCUCUUCAAAUCUUCGGAUCUGUACUUAUAAAUUUGUAUCACUAAUCUGAUUUUAAAGGCUUUUUCGUAUGGUUUAUUUGAACACGUCAUUUUUGUUACGCUAUAUCGUCCCAUACUUAUAGAAAGACAGAGACGGCAAAUACAACUGUGACAGCCUCUAAUAAGGCCAAUUUUUCAACAUACCUAUACUUUAAAACUAACUUGUAAUAAUUUAGGUGCAGUUAUAAUAUAGUUCAACAAUAUAAUAUGUGCAUCACAAGCCACAAGGUUCUAUAAUUUUUAUAGGUAGUGGAGGUGUAAACAUAAUGUUACCUUUAUAUGUGUAUAUUAUUAUACAUUAAUAUUUAAUAGUAAGUUUUUGAUGUUCGUUUAUGGCAACUCGCUAUAAUUGUCGUUGUACACACAUAUGUUAAACUUGCCGCCUGCGACGAAUGUUAUGUUUGUUGUUCUCUGUGUCAAAACAACAAAUGCCGAUGUAUAUGGAUAGACGAUUAGAAAUAAAAUCAUCGUAUAUAAUAUACAUUAUUCAUAUACAAGGCCGUAACUGAAAACAAAUUUCGGAAAGGGGGUUCCAACAUUCAUUUUUUAAAUAGAUACAAACACUCAUCAUUUUUACGUUAAAAACAUAAAACCUCUUUAUUAUCGUUAUUAAAAUCAUAAACCGUUAUUGCUUGAACGAAAAUAUAAAAAAAAUUGUAUACAAAUAAACUAUAUUCAAUACUAAAAUUUUUCUACUUUUAAACAAUUUCGGGAGGGGGGAUUGUCCGGACCCCUGGACCUCACUCCAGUUACGGCCUUGUGCAUAUAAAUAUAUAAUAACACAAAAUAUUAUGUUCGUUUCCGUGUUUUAAUAGGUUGAAAUAACGUUUAAAAAAAAAAUGAACGAUAAUAAUGCACAUAUAUUUUAAUUUACCUAUACAGUAACUAUCAAAACAAUAUCAUGACAGUUAUCUAUUUAAUAUUCUGCUCGUUUAUACAAUGUUAAACAUUAUACUAUAGCUACGUAUUUGUUGAUAUUGUUUCCGUAUGAUUUUUGAUUAUUUGUGUUGAAAUUUGAAUUACAGUUAAUAAGUUGGAGCCGCAUAAAAUAACAAAAUUGUUAGUUACCAACAAUUUUACUUUUGACUCACAGAUACGCGAGAGUUAUUUUUAUUUUUAUUACUUCAUAAGUUAUUAUUUCAUGGCAUUACUGUACAAAAUAUAAAUUAUAUCCGUUUUUAUCGCGUACAAUAUUUAAUACCUAUAUACGGCUAUAUCCGUGUAAUAUCGGUCUAUUGUCAACGUCAUAAUAACUAUUAUGUUUACUUAUAUCUUUGCAUUAAUGUUAUCCAAACGACCAGUGGCUGGUGUCCGUAUUAUAUAUUAAUUCCAAAUCAUCAAUUAGCCAUUUUAUCAUAGAAAAAAUAGAAAGUUAUAACCUACCUACUCAAAAUGUGUUUGACAAAAUCGGGCUGAACCAGUUUAUUUAUGGUGUGAAGAUUUUCAAGUGAAAAAUAUGAAAACAAUGCGGGAAUGUUGUCUCAUCGUUCUUUAUUGUAUAGAUUUUAACUUUCCAGCGAUUGUUAUGAAUUUAUGAUAAAUAUGCACUGGAUGACAAUAAAAAUUAUCAACGUUAUAUUUUAGUAAGUUUGGAAAGUACAAUCGUCUAUCAAAUAGGUACUUAUAUUUAGUUAUAAUAUACUAUAGUCAAUAAUCAGAGUUGUGCUGCACGAUUUUGAAACUCUUUACAAAUACAAUUUAAUAAAUUAUUUAUAGGUACCUAUAUAUUUUACUAAAAAUUAAAUUUUGUCAGACAAAAGUUUUUAUUUUGGAAAUAAUACGUUUUGUGGAUUUCGGAUUUCGAAUUUGGAAAUCAUAAUACAUUAAAUAAUUUGAUGUUUAGAUAUUUUGAUGAUUUGAUGUUUACUUAAAAUGGAAUUAUGAUUACAUAUUAAAAUUAUUAUUAUUUUUAUACUUAUUCUAAUACGUCUUUAUUAUUAUUUUUUUAAAUGUGUGUUCUACACACAAAAACAGUUCUACCUUAACUUUAAAUGCCAACACGUGUGUAUUUUAUAGACCCACCUACAUAAUAUUAUUUAUUUGUGUGCUGUGCACUCGAGCAUCGUAUAUUCGUAUUAUUAUUAAUUUAUUCCAUAUAACUACUCUACUUUUAAUAAAUUAUGUUUUAAUUUUAUUCCGUUAAAAUUAUUGUACUAAAUAACUAUUAUAUAUAUAAUAAUAAAGGUACUUAGUUUAUAAUUUCUCAAAAUUGCUCCGAUAAUAUUCUAUACUUACACAUCAGUUGCACCUCGUUAAAACUGGGAAGUAUGCGUUCAUUUAUUCGGUAGGUAUUCAAAUUAGUACAAUUUAUUAUUGUUGUAAUGUAGUUAAAAAAAAAAAAAAAUGCAUUAGGGGCGACCGAGUUUAUUAAAGACAUUAUAUACCGGGAACUGGUGAAAUUCACGCGGUGAAACAUUAUUUUUACCCGGUCGGAAAGAAUAAAACAUUCCUCGGGGACAAUCGAUAACUAGAGAAUUUUAUAGACCACUAUAAUAUUUUAUAUAAUAUAUGCAGCGGGUUAGCGUUGCAUAUGAAAUAUAUGAUGUAUUAUAUAAAUAAUAGACUUUUGUGUUUUACGUCAAUACAUGCUCAAAAGUCAUCGCGUUAUUGUGAUAUUGUGUAUUGUAAAUAUUACGUCUGUGCGUACAUUGUCACGGCUAAAUACUCAUUCGAUAUAAUAAUGUUUUAAUGUUAUUUAUUCGACUACAUACAUUUUAUUACAAUAUAAUAGUAUAACUAACUGUAGUUGUGCCGUACCGUACAAUUUAUUGUUUGUUAUGUUGUAGAUUCAUAAACAAUUAUUAUUUCAAACUUUAAACGAACUUGAACAAACUUUAUCGUUCUUCAUGCCGUAAAUAAUAUACGAAAGCCGAAUAUAUACACUACCCGGUGCCAGCCAUCUUAUCCGCUCGAGUUCUCGAGUGCUAUGUGUGUAGGUAACAUAUUUAUAUAGAUGAUGUGUGCUGUUUUUUUUGUCUAUGUGUGAUAAUAAUAAUAUGUACCUACACAUUUAACUUAAGUUAUGGACGAUUCCUAUACAAUAAACGAUCUAGUUUAUUGUACACAUCCGUGCCCUAGACAUAUUUCGUACCAUAGCUGGUUGGCAGUUGGAAAGUUACUUAUAUGGGGUUUAGGGUAGGUAAUUUAGUUUGGAUAGCAACGAGCCACGUUUGUUAAACCGGUAAAGUUGUAGUAUUAGUCGCUAUUCCUUCGUGACCCAGAAAUAAACGAAAACUAAAACCGAUGUAUCGUCAUUCGUUGUCAGAUGUUUUUUUUUUUUUUUUAAAUUUAUACAAAAACGGCCGAGAAUCUGUCAAAUAACAUACCACCGGGCGAGAAUUCCGCAUCUUUCAAAUGUGAACAAAUCUAAGCAUUUUCAAUAACCGAAAUAGUUUUGAGACAAACAAAAUAACGUCUUCGUAAACCUAAAUGUUCCUCCGUUAAAAUAUUGAUUUUUUUUUCUAAUUACCUGUAUGUAGUAUAUAAUAUUGUUGUGUGAUAAACUAAUAACAUUUUAUUAAUAUGGAUAUUGUAUAGAUUAUAGAUUAUAGGUAUUACUUUGACCGUACACAUAUACGCGUAUUACAGCCUUCUGUUUGAUUCAUAAAUAUUCGUUGACCUAUAAUUUACAACUAUAAUAGUAACCAUGUUAAUUUUUUUUUUCUUGGGCGUUUAUCGCAUUAGGUAGGUAAAACAUAAUAUUACUAUCACGGUUAAGUUAGACAAUUAUGUCAAGAACAGACGCGUAUACCUAGGUAUACGCGUUGGUACACGUCUGUAAAUAAUGAAUAAACAAUAAUAUUUAUAAUAAAUAUAGGUGAUGAUAAUAUAACACACGAUAAACUGUUUUGCUUACAGUGAUUACCUGUACCUGUAUUAUUAUAUAUUUAUAUUAAAUUAGCUGUAUGUCAAACGUCAAAGUAAAACGCUGGGGCCAGAACUCGUGGCAAUAAAGAAGUUAAGUGUUUUGAGAGGCAUAUAUAAUAAUUUAUAUUAUUAAUAACAAAUCGUGGUGGUAUUGUACAAUUAUAGGUAGGUAGGUAGGUAGGUAGAUAGGUAGGUACAUUAUUAAAACGAACAAUAAUCAACAUAUUAUUGAAUGGCUAACAGAUAUACGAGUGUAGGUAUAUAUAACUAUCGUGCGUGGAACCAAAAAGGUGCGGUGCAGACAUCCGGGCUUGAAUGCUUUACGUUUAUUAUAAUAUUAUGUUAUUCACUUUUGUUUUUCUACAACAAACAAAAUAAAAACAUUAGAAAUUUGAUUUUUCGCGAAUUUAUGUUUGUGCUUUAGGUUAAAUAUAAUAAUAUAUAAAGCAGAACGUCAAUUUUCGGGUGAUAUUAUUCACUUUAUAGAUAUUUUUCAAACAUUUCUUAUUUUGUGGAUCUUUAGUAUCUUCUCGAGAUCUUAUUGUUCUAAAUAAUAUAUACAAAUACAAUAUAUAAUGUUCUAGUAGAAGUAGGCACGUCAAUUAAUUAUUGAUCCGUUAAGUUUACGUACUUUAAUACUACUUGAUACUUCCCACAGGUCCAAAUUGAAGUUCUGAACGUUUAAUCGUUAUACAUGUAAGUAGGUAUUAUGCCUAUUCAAUAUAUUUUAUAAAUCGUGUUAUUUAUUCGUAUUAUACCUAGCUACUUGUUAUUAUUAUAAUCAUUUUUUUUUUUAAUUAUUAUUAUAUUUAAAUUCUAUUUUAUGUAGAUCUAAAUGUGUAUCAUGACCAUGCAAUGAAUUUAUAAUUCACGAUUUCGACAGAAUAGGUAUAGGACAUUUGUAUUAUAAAUUUAUUUAUGAAGUAUCGGAAACGGUGCCAAAAAAAAAUCUGUCUUUUGUAAGAAAUGUAGAUAGAAUAAAAUCGAAAAAUAAUAUUCUGUUGCCAAUGUUCAAUAAGUUAUUAUUAUGACUAUUAUUAUCACCUAUAACAAUAUAUUUGUGUACUUGUAUUUCUGUUGGAAGGAUACAAAUAUAAUAUGUUCUAGUUUAAACGUCCAAACUUUUAGAGUAACAUUAUAAUUUCAAAAAUAAUAUAUUAUGUACAAAAUAUGAAUAAAUAUAAUGCCUCUGAUAAAAUUUUUGAUUUUAUAUACUGACUACAGAGAGACGGGUACUUCACUGUCCGUAUAUCCAAUCAUAAUUAUACAUUCCUAAUUAUUAUGUACUGUCCCUAUAAAAGUUGCCGCACACUGGUUCGGAUUGACAAGAAUAUUUUGGCGGAUUCCAAACGUGGGUACUUGUUUAUUCGCACACAAAAUAGUAAAUACACAUACUUUUGGUCAUUACUUAUUAUCAAUAAACAAUUAAAAUGUCAAAACUAAUAAAAAUAAGACAACACGUUUACGAUAAACGGCCAAAGGUGAUGAGAACAAAAUGCAUAGCCCGACAAUUUUGGAGGGACUUAAGCCCCCCCAUAAUACUAACUAAAUAAUGUAUAUAUAUAUUAAGUACUUAUUUAAUGAUUUAAUUGGGGAACCGGCUGAAUUAUAAUCUCCCAAAGCCUCCCAUUUGCGUCAAUUGCCCAGUAUAAAACCAUGGAAUUCCAAUUUGUUCUGAUCCAAUAUGAGGACAAAAUUAAUUUACAUUUUGAAUUUCGAUUCCGAUCCCAUUCGGUGUGCGGUAAUCAUAAGAAGAAACCAAUUUUUGAAAUAUCAUCACUAUGUAUAAAAGAGAACGUUCUUUAAUAAUUAUUAUAAAUUAAUAUGUACAUACCUAUCUUUUAAAAUGAAUAGGUCACGUGAAUCACAGUAGUAGCAUUUAUCAUUGUCAAUACCUAAAACGGUAAAACAUACUAACAAGUAUUAAUAUUUCAUCACUAAAAAGUAUAAUUUAAAACAUCUAUAAUAAUAUUUUGAUCUGUAUUACUCAAUGCUUAAAUCCAACACUCAAGUUGCCUGUGAGCUGUGAACAAUCAUUUUUGUUAAAUAGAACAUUAGAAUUUAGAAUCAUUAUAUAUAUUGACUUAUUUACAUCGAAAUUAUAUCUGAAAACAACCGGACAGUAGUGGUUCCAUGGGGGGGGGGCAACGAUGACGAUUACCCUCCACGGUUUGAUCCACAGUUUACUCUUAGUUUUGAUUUUCAACAUAAAUGUGUGCCUUAUAUGAAUUUUUAUUUUUUUUUUUUUGUAAGAUCAUAUAAGACGGUAUACCUUCCUAACUUCCUACCUAAAACCACGGAACAUUAACAGUAUCGUAUUUUUAAAUUUCUAUAUUUAUAUGAAAAUGUAUUUUUAUUGAAGUCAUAAACAUCUUUUAGAGUCAAAUUAUUUGAGACAAAAGUUUGAUGUCAACUGUUUUCAGUUUGGUCAUUUUGAAUAUCAUGAAUACGUUUUAAGUUAAUAAAAAUAUUAAAUAUUAUUGGAUUAAUAAAUAUUUUUUUUAAUAACUGAUUCCAGUACAAAAUAUACUGUAAUAAUAAUAAAUAAAAUAUAUUGCAAUAAUAAAUUAACAUUUAAUUUGAACGAUUUUUAUUUUGCCGCUGUUUUCAUUCAAUGUCAAAGACGCUUAGUUACCUAAUAGAUAACAUUUUAUAACAUCAUUGGAUUUUAAACAAGAGAGCGUACCUCAAUAUUUUUAGUUGAUAAUAUGUUUCCUUCAAAAAUUAAAACAAAUACAAAAUCACAAUGUUCGUUUAAAUGGUGAUUUUUUUUUUUUCAUUUUGUUAUAUUAUAAAUUUGAAAGAAUUAAAUAAAUAAUUUUUUUCAGUAGACAAAUGUAUAAUAUACAAUAACGUCGACCGUUUGGUCGAUACGUUUUAAUGGUAAAUUCAUUUAUAAGAAAAAAUAAUAUAUAUUUUUGUAUGUAGGUACAUUUUUUUUUUGUGUAUUAUUUUUAAAAAAUGUUUUUUUUUUUUCAUUUUAGAAUCAUGUUUCUGUUUUAUGCCAGGUUCCUAUUUACUAACAAUGGAUACCUAUAAAAUACCUUUUACAUAGAAAAGUCAAAUCAAGCUAUUUAUUUCCAGGCUCAAAUUCAUUAAAUUGGAGGUGAAUUAUAAUUUACUUACAUGGAAAUAUCAAGUACUUUAAAUUAUUUUUUAACAUUUUGGGAUAUAUUUACAGCUGUGAUGACCGUUAUGGCAGUAUCGAUUGAUGAACUAGAUGAAAGUAUUACCAUUGCACGUCAAAUGGCACAGCAUGGCAAUUAUGAUUCAUCAAUAGUAUAUUAUGAAGGAGCUAUAUUACAACUGGGACGCUUCUUAUCUACUUUAGACAACCAAACACAGCGAGAAUCUUGGCGAGCUGUUAGUAAUAGUCUCCUUUAAAACUCUUAAGUUAUCAUUUAAUGAAUAUUAAAUGAUUUUGUCUUGUUUAGAUUCAGCGAGAGAUUACUGAUGAAUGUGAACAGAUAAAACUUUAUUCAAACACAUUAAAUAAAUUAAAAAAUUUUAAAACCAAUGAUUUCGAAAGGAAUGAGAGGCCAUUAAGUGCAUCUAGUCCAGCAUGUAAGUGUUUAAAUAUUUUCUUAUAACAUAAUAGAUAGGUACAAAAGUAUAAGUUUUCAAUUUUAAAUUGUAUUAUGAUUUAUACCUAUUUAUCCAAAAUCAAUAUAAAUAAUUGUAUAAUUAAGUACCCUUUUUAUUAUUUUUUUUUAGUAAAUAGAAAUAAUAAAAAUGAAGAUAUAUCACCCCCUGAUGGGGUAUCAUGGUUUGGAACCACUCGUCAACAAGUGAAUGGUAGUGGCUCCCUAGAGUGGCCUCCAAAUAAUAAUGAUCCAGAUGUUUGGCCUCCACCAUCACCCAUUGAACAUAAACCUGUACCUCAGGUUAGGCCACAAAAAACUUCUCGACGUAAUGAUUCUUCGCGUGUCCCUAGUAGAAACCAAAAAGUUGGACCAAAUAGUACACGAAAUAGUGCCUCUAGAUCUCAGAUAACAAAGAAAAAUGAUGAAGUUGUUAAAAAAGGUCCAAAAAAAGAUACAAAUAGUCAUAAUACAAAUACAAAUGGAACAGUAAGUACCUACUUAUAGGGUAUAGAAUAUUUAUAUUUUUUAUGUUAUAAUAAUUAUAUAUAUCUAUAAUAUUAGAGUGAUAAAAAUGAAAAAGAUAAAGAUGAAAAAGAAGUUUUGAAACCGGAUGAAAAACGAUUUGAUUGUUCCUCUUACGAUCAGGACCUUGUUGAUAUGUUAGGUAAUAACAAUAGACACAAUAUUAUGUUUUAAUCAUUACAAUAUUAACAAUUUAACUUUAUAGAAAGGGAUAUUGUACAGAAAAAUCCUAAUAUAAGGUGGGCUGAUAUUGCCGAAUUAGAUGAAGCUAAACGCCUUUUAGAAGAAGCAGUAGUGCUGCCUAUGUGGAUGCCUGAUUUUUUUAAGGUAAAUGGUUUUUACACUUAUAAAAUUGUUGUAAAUUUAAAUGUGUAUAUUUUUAAAGGGGAUUCGACGGCCUUGGAAAGGAGUGUUAAUGGUCGGCCCACCUGGAACAGGGAAAACUAUGCUUGCAAAAGCUGUUGCUACAGAGUGUAGAACUACCUUUUUUAAUGUAUCCUCAUCAACACUUACUUCUAAAUAUAGAGGAGAAUCUGAGAAACUUGUCAGGCUUCUAUUUGAAAUGGUAAGUUCUUGUUAAUUGUAUAAUCAAGGAAUCUGAUUUGAUUAUGUUAUAAACAAAAAGUGUAGAAUAAAAUAUUGAUUAUAAAUUAGUGUCAGUAUUGCUGUUGUACAAGUAGUAAUUGUAUAGUGGAUAUACUUCAAUUUUAUUCUAAUAUUUCUACAUUUCUAAUCGGGUCUUAAUUACUAAUCGUAAUGUUUACUAUGAUACUAUAAUAUGAAAUUAUUGUAAAGAUUGAAUCAAUGUAAUUUAAAUACCUAUCUAAUUGGUAUAAUGUUUAAUAAUACACACAAAUAGUUGUAUUAUACUUAGUUUUUAAUAAUUAUCAAUAAAAACUAAAAUAGAAAAAUAUUAGUUAUCCAAAUUAACUAAAUUGCAAGUUAUUUUUUUCUAUUUUUUGUGUUUAUAUUAUAAUGAUAUUAAAUUUUAAUUUUGAUACAAUUUUUUAGGCAAGAUUUCAUGCCCCAUCAACAAUAUUCAUUGAUGAAAUAGAUUCACUUUGUUCUCGGAGAGGUUCAGAGUCUGAACAUGAAGCAUCCAGAAGAGUUAAAUCUGAACUCCUAGUCCAAAUGGAUGGUCUAAGUGAUACGAGUGCUGAAGAAGAAUCUGGUACUAGCCGAAUUGUGAUGGUGUUGGCUGCUACCAAUUUUCCUUGGGAUAUAGAUGAAGCACUCAGGCGUAGACUGGAGAAACGUAUAUAUAUACCUCUACCCAAUAGUUAGUAUUUACCAUAAACUGUAAUAAGUUUAUAAUCUUAGUAUAAAAUAAAUAAUUUUAAAAUUUAUAACAUACAGUAAAAUAUUUAUAGCAUUAUAAGCCAUUUAUUCAGUGAAUAUAAGUUACUCAUACUCUUGAAUUAUAGACACUAGAUAGUAAUAUACAACUCCAUCAUCAAUACAUUUUGUUUUUUUUCUUAUUGAUGGAAAAGUUGUAACUGUAGCUUAUAGUAUUUAUAUUUAAGUAAUAUGAUUAUAUUUAAAAAAAAGCUGCUACAGCUGAUUGGUGUGCCAAUAUUAUUGAUGGGAAGUUAAGAAGGUAGGAUAUAUAAAGUUAUUUAAUUUAUAUCUUUAUGUAACGAUAAAUCAUUGAUAAUGAAAUACAAUUCUAAGUGAAGUUCAACUAAAUAAUUUUUAAUAUACUGUGAUCUUUACUAUUUAAUAAAUUAUAAUUAUAUUUAUUUUGUAGUCAUCAAUCAUAUUACUGACUUAAGUGUUCAGUAAAAUUAAAUAUGUGUAAAUAUUCAAUAUAUCUUUAGUCAAUACAAAUUAAUUAGACAUUGUUGGAAUAAUUACAUUUUUGCAUGUGUAUUAUUUUUAUUUUUAUAUAUAUAUUUUAAUUUUUAAUAUGAAAGUACUUAUUUAUAGGUGCUGGCCGAGAAGCACUACUGAGAAUAAACCUUAGAGAUGUUAAAGUAGAACCUAAUGUAAACUUAACAGAAAUAGCUACUAAAUUAAAAGGCUACUCUGGUGCUGAUAUCACUAACGUUUGCAGGUAAUUUGGAUAUGAAAUAUAUUUAUUGUAUGUACUAUUUUACCUAAAAUUAAAAUGCUAAUUUAAAAAUUAUUUAGAGAUGCAUCUAUGAUGUCCAUGCGACGUAAAAUAGCUGGACUUAAACCAGAUCAGAUUCGGCAAUUGGCUAAAGAGGAAGUAGAUUUACCUGUAUCCUUUCAAGAUUUUAAUGAAGCAAUAACAAAAUGCAACAAAAGUGUUUCAUCUGAUGAUUUGACAAAAUAUGAAAAGUGGAUGAGUGAAUUUGGCUCAUCAUAACUGUUGCAGCUAAUGAACUGUAUAACUGCUAAUUUAUCUUUGUGUACAGAUCUUUUUUUUUUUUUUUUUAUGUACAGAAAUAGAUUGAUUAGAAAUUAUUUACUUUAUAUUUUAAUUGUUUAUGGCUGUGUUGCCUUGAACUUUAAAUGCUCACAACGAAACACACUUAAAAUAGUUUAAAAAAAAACAAACAAAACUAAUAUUUUAUAAGUUUUUUUUUUUUGUGUCCAGUAUAAAAUAAUUUAUUUAAAUUAAUUAUUUAAAAAAAAAGUAAAGCAAAACUAAAGACAAAAUAAAUGAAAUCUUGCCAUUUUGUGUAGAAUCAAAAUAAUAGUAAAAUAGUUAUAUUUAAUUUAAUCUCUUCAACCUUAAACCUAUAUUUGUUUUUCAAGAUCAUUUUAUUUGCACUUCUUUAAUUUGUAAUGUUAACUUUCCAGAAUCCUAUCAUCGAUUACUUAGUUAUUAUUAAAGCCUUAAUGUGAUUUAUGUAUAAUAAUUUAUUAUAUAACCCUAAAUUUCAUAUUGUAAAAAGAAAAAGUCACUUGUAAGUUAUUUGAGUAAAACAAAUUUUUCCUAAUAUUUUUUUGUGUACUUAAUUUUACACUAUUAACUUAUUUUAAAUUGUACGCUUAUAUAAAACACAUGAGUUGUUUUAAC